AGUACACCAGUGCAGUGUUCGUAUUUAUAUAGCAUUUCCGCAUGCAGCUAGACACAGGGGGAGCUGCAUUCACACUGUUGACCUGAAAACAAGAGCUCCACUCGAGGACGACGCUGCCUGAGCAAAAGGUGGAAAUGGCUACAACUCAAAAUCUCCGCUUUCUUUGGCCUUUUCUUCUUCUGCACGUCUUUGCAGGAGCGUUCAGAUUUGAUACUUUAAAACAAAACGGUGAACCACAGGAAGGGGAUUUGAGGCUGUCUGACGGCGAGAGCCCUGCAGAGGGCCGCGUUGAGGUCUUUCACAAUGGAAAGUGGGGAACUGUGUGUGACGAUGGAUGGGACAUGAAGGAGGCCCAAGUGGUGUGUCGCCAGCUCGAUUUCCCUGGCGCCAAAUCGGUUAUCACUGGAAAGAGCUACAAGCAAGCAUCUGGACCCAUUUGGCUUGAUGACAUUACUUGUAACGGCAAUGAGAACAGUCUAGUGUCUUGUAGUUUCAAAGGCUGGGGACUGACUGACUGUACUCACAAAGAGGAUGUUGGUGUUGUCUGUGAAACAGGAAGCAAUAGUUUGACCAACAAUACCACAACACACUCAAUGGACCACAGCAUCAGCCUGUCAAAUGACCUCGGUCAGCUCUUUGACACUGCAACAAACUGUGACUUAAACAUACUUCUGCAGAGCACAACUGGAAACAGACAGGAAGAUGACGUCCCAGAGAUGGUUGGAACAACAAUCUGUGCACACAAGGCUAUUUUGUCUCUUUUCCCACGCUUCAAGGUGUUUCCAGAAACAACUAACAUCACAGUUGAAGUCAGGAAGCCUUGCCAACCAUAUUUCUCCUCUUUAAUCAGGUACCUUUACACUCGCAAGAUUGAUGUGACCUUCUCGUCUGCACUGUGCCUGCAUCAAAUGGCUUCUAGUUUUGGAGUAAAGCAGCUCAUGGAAGAUGUUGGACGUCUGUUCACUCAGAUUUUCCCAGAUGACAGCUCCUUUUAUACCCACGUGUCCAUUUAUCAGUAUGCAGUAGAAACCACUGACACCAUCCUUGAAGAGAACCUCAUUCAGUAUCUGGCCUGGAACUACCAAAACCUGACUGACUCUCCAGCAUGGAAUGACCUUCCAGUAAAGCUCCUUCAAGCCCUUCUAGCUCGCUCAGAUUUGGUGGUUCCAGAUGAGUCUUUUGUCCUUGAGACUCUGGAGUCGUGGAUAACAGACAGGGCUCUCUUAAACAGUUCUGACACAGUGUUGGCCCUGUUGAGUGGCAUCCGAUUCCCUAUGAUCUCAGCUGAGAAGCUCUUGGAGCUGGAGUCCAGCUCUCCUCUCUACCAGAUCUAUAAGAAUGUUUAUCGUGAAUUUACCUUGAAAGCUUAUCAAUUUAACGUCCUUCUCUUCAGUAAUCUUACGACUAACCCAAAUAUCAAAAAGGACAUUGGUAAUUACAGUCCAAGGAUCUACAUCUCAGAGCCUUGGAGUAAAGUUUUGAGAGAACCCAGGAAAGCCUCUCCAAAUCAAUAUCCAUAUCAAUAUCAAUAUCAAAAUCAAUUUGGGGGGUCAUACAACCGGUAUGAUAGGUACGGUAAUUACAAUCCCAACUCAUUUCUAAAUAUUCGAAGCGGCUUCACAACUCCUCUGCACAACAGUUUGUUGUUUCGAGACAGAAAAACAAGCUGGGAGGCAAAUGUCUUCACACGGCAGAGUGAUUGUUCAAACAGAGGUGUGAGGUGUGAGUCGGUCCCCGCAGCCAUGCUUAGUGAGCAGAGUUACAGCAGCAGACCAAGCAGCAUCCGCUUUAGUAACCGUCUCCUACUGAUGUGCCAAAACACGUACAUCUUUCAGGUUCAGAGCUUCAAAGACAACAUGGCUUACAUCUUCAAAAAUGACACCCAGGCUUCUCCCUACCCUUGUGUUGACAACAAGUACACCUAUGUAUUUGUUGUGAGACCAGAAUAUGUAUAAUCAGGCUUCUAGGCCUAUCAUAAAUGACACCCGGUAAUGGCAGAAUCAAUUUGGUAUAAUGACAUUUAGAUUGAAAUGAAGUACUCAAACCACCAUGAGGUUAAUUUUACUAUUAUGAUUGCAUUUGAUCAAAUUUCAUGACUUUUUCUGCUUUUUAAUGCAUGCUUUCCUUUCUUGCAUGUUUGGCAAAUAAAAAAAGGAACUUUG